CCCCUUCCAGGCCCCAUGGAGGCGGCGGCGGGCGGGGGCUGCGGCUCUGGGCCGCCUCUGCUGCUGAGCGAGGGCGAGCAGCAGUGCUACUCCGAGCUCUUCGCGCGUUGCGCCGCCGCCGGCGCCGCAGGCGGGGGCCCCGGGUCCGGGCCCCCCGAGGCCGCCAGAGCCGUCCCCAGCGCGGCCACCGCAGCCGCGGGCCCUGUGGCCGACCUGUUCCGGGCGUCACAGCUGCCCGCCGAGACGUUGCACCAGAUCACAGAACUGUGUGGUGCAAAGCGGGUUGGUUAUUUUGGUCCAACACAGUUUUACAUUGCCUUAAAAUUGAUUGCUGCAGCACAGUCUGGCCUUCCUGUACGGAUAGAGAGUAUUAAAUGUGAACUGCCGCUGCCUCGCUUUCUGAUGUCAAAGACCGAUGCUGAGAUCCGAUUUGGGAACCCGACUGAACUGCAUGGAACUAAGGUUCAGAUUCCAUAUUUAAUCACAGAAAAAAAUACCUUCAAAAGAAUGGACGAUGAGGAUAAACAGCAGGAAACACAGUCUCCCACGAUGUCACCCCUCGCCUCCCCUCCUUCUUCCCCGCCUCAUUACCAGAGGGUGCCCUUGAGCCAUGCCUACGGCAAACUGCGGAGCAACACGGAGCAGAUGCAUCCAGCUCCUUAUGAAGCUAGACAGCCCCUUGUCCAGCCUGAAGGACCCUCAUCGGGGGCCCCAGGAACCAAACCCCCUCGCCAUCAGGCUUCCCUUAUUCGGUCCUUUUCCGUGGAGAGAGAACCGCAGGAUAACAACAGUAAUUACCCAGAUGAACCCUGGAGGAUAACAGAAGAACAGCGCGAGUACUAUGUCAAUCAGUUCCGAUCCCUUCAGCCUGACCCGAGCUCCUUCAUUUCAGGUUCUGUGGCCAAGAACUUCUUCACCAAAUCAAAGCUUUCCAUUCCAGAACUCUCCUACAUAUGGGAACUGAGUGAUGCUGACUGUGAUGGAGCCCUGACCCUGCCUGAGUUCUGUGCUGCAUUUCAUCUCAUCGUGGCCCGGAAAAACGGCUACCCGCUGCCAGAGGGCCUGCCUCCGACUCUGCAGACAGAGUACCUGCAAGCAGCUUUUCCUAAGCCCAAGCGGGAGUGUGCAUUAUUUGAUUCUUAUUCUGAGUCAAUGCCUGCAAACCAACAACCCCGUGACUUGAAUCGGAUGGAGAAGCUAUCUGUUAAAGACAUGGCUGACUUUCCUGUCCCAACUCAAGAUGUGACUAGUGAUGACAAACAAGGUUUGAAAAGUACUGCGGAUGAAGCCUUAGCAAAGGACGUGUCUGAGGAUCCAGCUACUUCUAAGGAUUCCAACAGCCUCAAAGCAAGACCAAGAUCCAGAUCUUACUCUAGCACCUCCAUAGAAGAGGCCAUGAAAAGGGGCGAGGACCCUCCCACCCCUCCACCGCGGCCACAGAAAACCCACUCCAGAGCCUCCUCCUUGGAUCUGAAUAAAGUCUUCCAGCCCAAUGUGCCAGCUACUAAGUCAGGAUUGUUACCUCCGCCGCCUGCGCUCCCUCCAAGACCUUGUCCAUCACAGAUUUCCCAUCUCAGGGUAAACAGUAAGCGCAGUGCUCAGCGCAGGCCUCCAACUCAGCUGCCUAACUAUGGAGAUUUCAGACUGCAGAAACAGUCUGAGCAAGCGCCUGAGGCUGAAAUACACCCCCAGCUGAACAGAGCCCCCUCCCAAGCUGCAGAGAGCAGUCCAGCAAAGAAGGACAUACCGUAUUCUCAGCCUCCAUCAAAGCCCAUCCGAAGGAAAUUCCGACCUGAAAACCCAGCUACAGAAAACCAAGACACUUCUACCGCUGUUGGUGGGCCAGCAUCGGCAGCGACUGUGAAACCCCACGCGGCAGUCCAAAAACAGUCUUCCAAACAGAAGAAGGCUAUUCAAACUGCUAUCCGCAAAAAUAAAGAGGCAAACGCGGUGCUGGCCCGGUUGAACAGUGAACUCCAGCAGCAGCUCAAGGAGGUUCAUCAAGAACGGAUUGCAUUGGAAAACCAAUUGGAACAACUUCGUCCAGUCACUGUGUUGUAAUCCCCAAGAUUCAAGUAACAGUAGGCGACUUUUUCUGCCAAGAUCUUUCCUUUGAAUGUUUCAACCCAACUACUUGUCAUAGAUGUCCAAGACUGUGUGAAAAGCUGUGAGCGGCAGAAUAUAAUCCAUGUUUCCUUUUCUCUUGUAGUUCACUUGUACCUUUUACUCUGGUGGAAAAAAUACAACCAGUUAUCACACUUGAAAUUGUAAUUAUCAGUGGAAUUUAUCUCACAUUCUUAAAUACUUCCUCAAGUUGUUAGAUGUUUCUCCUUACCAAAAACCAAUCUUCUAGCAAAUGAAAACAAGUUAGAGCAUUAUUUAUUUAAAGAAUUUAUGAUUUGUAUAAAACCUCAUAACCUAGUACCUUCAGGAUGCUUGUUUUAUUUUUGUAUGUAUAUCAAAUACAGUAGGUUGGUUUCCUGAAUAAUUGGGAUUCCAACUGGAUAGUCUUUGGCAUGAUGAUAAUAAAAACAAAAACUAAAACAAGAGCAUCAGAUUUAGACUGGCGCUGUGCCCUCUGCCACCAUAUGCCAAAACUGCUUCUUAGUGCCAUUUUGACAUUAUAUCUAGCUAUAAAUAAUACAUAACUAUUGUUUUCCGUUGGAUGGCAGAGAUUUAUUGGGUCUUUGCACCUCUGUAAAGUGGAAGUUUUGUCAGUGAUCUAUUUAACUUGGCCCAGCCAGGCCAUCAGCUCACAGAACUCGGUCCUUUCAUGUAAAUUUUUGUGCAAGAGCAAUCUGCUUUUUUAACUGCCUCACCCGCUUAAAUUGAACAAAUAGUUGCCAGAUCUCUACUUUUAUCCUGCAUGGGAUAACAUACCUGUAAAUGCAUGUAUUUGGAAACCGCCCGUCAGAUGCAAAAGGCUGAAGAGAUUGUUUGGACUGAUAAAUAUUUGUUGCUUGAACCCAGGUAUUCAACCUGGGGAAUAAGGGGAACUGGUUGUUACCAGCACUCCAACAACUCUGGGAGUUAUUUCUGUCCCUGUUAUUUUAACCUGAAUUGUGAUUGUAUUGAGUACAAAGAAAUAAUGAAAGAAACCCCAUCUUCACUCUGGGGGUACAACUGUUCGUUCUGUGUGAAGUGCACCCUGGGGAAGUGAUUGGUUUAUGUACAGCCCAGCGGAGCCCAGCUGACUCCAGCGUGUGUGAUGUAAAACCAUGAGCUCAAAUUGCAGAAGCCAGCAUGCUGUAGAAACUUUGAUCACCUGCUCCCCCUGAAAGCUCAAGUUCAAAGUGGGAAUCGGUCGACCCUCACAGGGGUCAGGGCAUGCCUGCUUUAACAUCACUUUGAGAGACUGAUUAUAAGAAAUACCGUCUCUUGUGCAUUUUACUAAUUUACCCAUUCUUAGAGUAGACGGGUGGGGUGUGCCUACGGUCCUUUCUGAAGUGCUUUAGGAUGGGUUUGCCGUAUGUGGGAUCAAGCCUCCGGUUUCAGUAGGUUGACGGCUCUUAGAAUAAGUGGGUGUUUAUUUAAUGCUUCCUUAUUUUACUUGCCAGCUUUAUCAAUAGCUUAAUAACAGAAGAGAAAGGCUCAAACAGAUGAUGUUUUCCCGAAGAAAAAUAAUUUGGUGGUUCUAUUCUGUGUGUAUUAAAGGAUGAUUUGGAAUUGAUUUGAUUUUGAAAAUCAAAAAACUUGAACUGUUUCUCUGUUCUCCCUUUCCUUCCCUUUUGGUUGCCUUUUCUGCCCCUCGGGGAGGGGUUUGGAGUCAUUUAAAACCCUUCCUAAGAUUAUAAAUGGGCGGUGCAAAUUUUUUAGAUAACCUCCUUUCCCAUGUUCUGAGACCUGGGGGCUGUAAGGAAUUUUAUCAAGUGUCCUCGUUGCACACAUUUGACAGCAUGAUUACCGUUUGUUAUGUUCCAUCCAGGAAAGACUGACACUGGCACUUCAUCUCAUAAUCUUCCAGGACAUACACACUCACUCGAGAUAGCGCCGCAUAGCCAUUGAGCAGGCACACAAAUGAAAGAAUGUUAGUCACUAUUCUACAUUUAAGAAAUAUUGAGAUGUUUUUCCCCAAUCAGUCCAUGCCGCAGUGAGACAAAUUAGGAUGUUCGGGUUUUGUUUACUUGGCUUGGUUUUCAUUAAAGGAACAAACUCGCGUUGGACAGUUAAAGCCCCAUGAGUCACAUAGCGUCACCCGUAUUUUAAGAUGAGCGCCGCAUUAAAGCCCACAUCAGUAAUGUCUAUGCCGAUCUUUCUUGACUGCAUUUAACAGUGACCACAGUUUAUUAGUUGCUCAGAAGUGGAUUUUAAAAGAGAAAACAAGUACGCACUAUUAUGAUUACCCGACUAGUGCUCAUCUUCUGUUCCUCUGUUUUCUUACGAUAUGCACUUUUAAUGUAGGACUAUAACUCCUGUUAAUGUUCCUGUGAGCCUUUAAUGUGACUUGUAGGAAGGCUGAGUUGGUGAAGUCACCGUUAGCCCUCUUCUAUAAAACCACUCCCAAAUUAGACCUACUCAUUGGGCAGAAUUCAAUGGACAGAAGGUCGGUGUUGCCCCCCGUCCAUGCAGGUUUAAUAAGCUGCUUGUUGAGUGGUCCUCCUCCAUAGGGUCCUGGUGCCCCAAAGCGGGAAGCGCAGCAGGAAUUGACAGCAGGCUUCCAGGUACCCUCAUGUGCCUUGUAUGUGGCCUACUGCUUUUGCCCCCUCCCUGUCCAUUAGAUAUGAAGCCAAAGCAGAAGGUGGAUAUCUGGAAUGGAAGUGCAUGUUGUGAUCAAGGCAGAUACUUGGAUUCGCUUUAGUUGGACGGAUCUAACCGCUUUAUAAAUAUUAGAGAGGUGCUUCGGGCCUGAUCGGGAGAGGAGACAUCUUGGCUGGAAGCCCAUUUUACUCUCAUUGGAGAAUGGGAUGUCCGAGCGGAGAGGACUUGGACCCGUCUCCUGCAGUUUGCUCUUGGGGAAGCCACACUUUCUAGCCCGAGAAUCCAUAGAAGGAGGUAACUAGUGGCAGAGCUGGGAUGCCAGCUGAUCUUAGGGAUUCUAAGUCAAGUCCUCCAGCCCCUAGCAAUACUAAAAAUAGAUUAGAAGGGUUUCUUCUAUUUACCAUGUUGAAUUUUAUUUACUUAGUAAGUUUUAAAGUAUGAAAACACGUUUCAGUGAGUUUUAGAUCUAGAUAUUCCUCUUAGAUUGAAGCAAAAAAUAAAAUUUGAAGGGAAAGAGUAUGAUUGAACUAUUUGUUCUUCUGAACACCUCACCUUUCAUGAUGCAAUAAAUUACUCUGAGUUUCUUGGCAGAACUUUUGACAGCUGUUGCUUUGAAUGGAUUCCAUUCCUGUAUUCCUUAUGGGAGUUUGUUUUUAAAAUAGACUACUGCGAUUGAAAUGAAUUCAAUAUGUAGUAAGUUACAGUUUUCUUCGCUGUAUCUUCAGUUAUGUGGGUUGCAAAUGUUCGAUUUCAGCAUAUUUUAGGGGGAGUAGUAAAACACACGAAUUGUCCUCUGAUUUCCUACCAAUGUCUGAACUAUCAUAAAGCACUCUUCAUAUGUGACUUGAUUCUAUAGUCUGUUUAUAAAUGAUAAUUUGUUUCUUAAACGAUCUCACAACCAUGGUAAUAAGAGAUGUGCACUCAGAAGAUCAAUAAGAAAAUAACCUGGAACGGAUGUUUUUCUUGCAAUUAAGACAGGCAUUUACAAAAGUCUUCUCCUAAGCAGUAGUUGGAAAGGUCUCAGUUACAGUAUAACACCUAACAGCUAAAAACAUUUGUUCAAAACAAACUUCAGUCACACCUCCUGACUAGACAUCACCAAAGGAAUGUGAUUUUAAAAGUAUGAAAAAAAAGAAUUUCAAAUAUCAGAGCGACCAGAUCUUCCCAUAUUAUUGACAAGUAGGGCUUAGUAGGUUGUGGUUUGAACAUUAUGAAUGUGAACAGAAUGUAGUAUCAGUUGAAAGGUCUUUUUCUCCUCUCGUUAAGUAGAGCAGAGGUGACUUUGGUUUCCCUUUCCAACCGGCUUACUCCCUUUUAAGUGUACUCUUUUAAAACUCCGCUUUCCAAGGAUCUUUUGAAUUUACACGUUAGCUAUGGGUGUUUUAUUAUGUUCUUUUUUUGCAUCAUGACUUGAUGUGGUUCAAGUUCCCUAGUAAGGGGUGGGGAUUUGGGUUUUUGGAAUUCCGAGGUGGCAUCUUGUCUUUAGGCACAGGCUAAGGGCUACUGCUCGCCAGUCCCAGCGGCUCGGCCAUGGGCGGCAGUGUGCAUGUGAGUCUUGCUCUAUGAGCCACCCUGCUUUGCUUGUUUGCAAUGAGAAAUGCAUCUAGUUUUGCGACCCCUCCAAGAGCAAAAGAACAGACAUGGGGGACCGGACUUCAAAAGCCGCGCAUAGUCAGUCCGGGGGCUGCUGCCCUCCUCCAAGAUCGGCCUUCAGAGGUUGCCUUACAAGUGCUCCCUGGAACAGCCAGUGUGUUACUGCGAGCAAGACAUCCCAGGCACAUGGCUCCUGUUAGGCUUAUAUAGUUAUUUUCUGCCUUUGCCGACAUACAUGAUGACGAAAGAAACUUUUCUAAAAGGCAUCGCGGGGUUUCGGUUGAGAGGACUUGUUCUACUUACAGAAACCUUGCUCUGUUCUUAAUAAUGGGAAAGUGUUUUUGUGUUUUGUGAGUUUUCCUGUCUUGCUCUAAGCUAAGUUCACGGCUGUGGGAAGCUGGAGAAAAUGGGCUCAUGACUCUGGAGACCAGAGGACGGGGACUUUUAAGAGGGCUUGAAUUGGAAUUCGAGGGCAAGUUCGACACUAGGGAAAUUCAGGGGCCAGUUCCGGCCUACUCCAGUACUCCGUUGCCUGACAGGACUGGACCCUAAAGGGCCUUCCCGGAGCUCUGGAGCUCUGCCCUCGGAAUGGUGCAGCUGAUGCAAGAGCCCCAUCGCAUGGCGAUUGGAUCAGCCGAGUUGUGUUGUUUUCAUUUUGUUUUAAGGCAGCUUGUGUGAGGGCUUCAACUGUACCCAUCUUGGGAACUGGGCGUUCCCUUUUCUUCGGCAUUCUGCCAUUCUGUUUGUCUUCAGCACAGAUAUGUUCCAGAAAGCCAGAGACAGGAAGAGCCGUGUUAGUCUUCACGACAGUGGGCCGGGAGAGAGAAUGAGCUGAUGGUCUAUUUUAACCUCGAGAGUAAGAGUGUGUAUUUUGUCACUGCAGGUACAUUGAACAGUAAAAUGAGUAACAGCAGAGUAUAUAUAUAUUUGAUGCCUUCUGUCUCCUCAUGAUAAUGUGCUAACAAGUUGUGUUAGCAAUUUACUUAGCCAGAGUUUUGUUCAUUUGCUAGGCCUUGGGAACAUAAAGUAUAUUGGUCUUAAGCAUAAAUAAAUAUAGGGUAACCUAUAUUUGGAUUGUGACUUGUAGACUCAAACUAACCUUACUGCCUCUUUUUCACACUUGUUGGAAAGUCUGUGAAGAACAUAGUAGGUUAAAAAUCUCCAACUUUGGAAAAUGUACAUGAUGUGAAACUGGGGUGCUAUGUUAAAAAUAAAUGUACGAUAACUGUUUUU